GAGAAGUGCUUCCGGUGUCCCCCGAAAGCAACCCGGAAGCGCUUCUCCGUGGGGUUGCAAGCGCGAAGAUGGCGGCGGAGGAGCCUCAGCAGCAGCCGGAGCCCCUCGGCGGGGACACGGACGGAGUGAAUUGCUUGGCCUAUGAUGAAGCCAUAAUGGCACAGCAGGAUCGAAUUCAGCAGGAGAUAGCCGUCCAGAAUCCUCUCGUCUCAGAAAGGAUGGAGUUGUCUGUCCUGUACAAGGAAUACGCUGAUGAUGACCACGUCUACCAGCAGAAGAUCAAGGAUCUGCUGCAGAAGUAUGCAUUCAUCCGGAAGACAAGGCCAGACGGCAACUGUUUCUAUCGGGCAUUUGGCUUCUCCCAUCUUGAGGCACUCUUGGAGGAUGGCAAGGAGCUCCAACGCUUCAAAGAGGUGGCUGCCAAAAGCAAGGAAGUGUUGGUUUCGCAGGGCUUCACGGAAUUCACCAUUGAGGACUUCCACAACACGUUUAUGGAUCUGAUAGAACAAGUGGAGAAGCAAACCACGGUUUCAGACCUGCUGACCUCUUUCAACGACCAGAGCACCUCGGAUUACCUUGUUGUGUACCUGCGGCUGCUCACUUCUGGGUACCUGCAACGCGAGAACAAGUUCUUCGAGCACUUCAUCGAGGGAGGACGCAGCAUAAAAGAGUUUUGCCAGCAGGAGGUGGAGCCCAUGUGCAAGGAAAGCGACCACAUCCACAUCAUUGCGCUGGCCCAGGCCCUCAACGUCUCCAUUCAGGUGGAAUACAUGGACCGGGGUGAGGGCGGCACCACCAACCCCCACAUCUUCCCUGAGGGCUCGGAGCCCAAAGUGUAUCUACUGUACAGACCGGGACACUACGACAUCCUGUAUAAAUAGAGGAGAGGCGGGGGGAGGCAGUCUGGCCGGUGCACCAAGCCCCCCCUCUUCUUCCUCUCUGCCUCGCAUUGUCUUUCUCGCCCGUGUUUCCCUGCCCAUCCGCCGGGCAGCAUCGUCUGUGGUUGUAAAUGGUGAUCGCUCUUGCUGCCAUCUCGCUCACUUGGUUUGUUAUUAUUAUAUUUUUCCUCUUUUUUGUUGUUACACUCACACUCUUCUGUGUUUUAUUAAAGGGGAUGCCGGUGAAACAA